CUUUUUCUACUGUAGUUGGCUUUUGAAUGAGGAUGACAAUGGAAGAGAUGAAGCAUGAAGCUGAGACCACUUCCAUGAUUUCUAUGCUUCUCUAUGCAGUCAUGUAUCCUGUGUUUAAUAAGUUAGAUGGAGUAAAUCUGUCUGCAGCUCAGACACUGAGAGCCGCUUUCAUUAAGGCUGAAAAAGAAAAUCCAGGUCUCACACAAGACAACAUUAUGAAAAUUUUAGAGAAAAAAAGUGUAGAAGUUAACUUCAUAGAGUCUCUUCUUCAUAUGGCAGCUGAUGAUGUAGAAGAGUAUAUGAUUGAACGACCAGAGCCAGAAUUCCAGGACCUAAAUGAAAAGGCAAGAGCACUUAAACAAAUUCUCAGUAAGAUCCCAGAUGAGAUCAAUGACAGAGUGAGGUUUCUGCAGACAAUCAAGGAUAUAGCUAGUGCAAUAAAAGAACUUCUUGAUACAGUGAAUAAUGUCUUCAAGAAAUACCAAUACCAGAACCGCAGGGCACUUGAACACCAAAAGAAAGAAUUUGUAAAAUAUUCCAAAAGUUUCAGUGAUACUCUGAAAAUGUAUUUUAAAGAUGGCAAGGCAAUAAAUGUGUUCGUAAGUGCCAACCGACUAAUUCAUCAAAACAAUUUGAUACUUCAGACCUUCAAAACUGUGGCCUGA